GAAACGAAUCCUUAAUUAAAACAUUACAUUAAACACUUUUACAAUGUUAACAUUUAAUGGUAAUUUUUUUCUGAUCGAAUGGCAUUAUCGAUUGGUUCGAAGGUCAGUGUCAUCAACCAGAAGCAUACAAUACCUUACCACAUAAUUGUUGACUGCCCACCGUCACCAGGUCAUCCGCACCCACCGAUCCUACAAUUUUUUACUCUUGAAUUUCUGAAUACCUGUCUUACUCCUCACUCUUCCUUCUCCAAUAAAGCUUAAAGGGUGGGGACUCUCUGCGUGUCUCUCCUUCAAUUUGAUAUUUUCCUUUCAAAUUGUACUGCAACGCUACUGCUACGAUACCCCUAUAUAUGUUCAGAUAUUAUCGUGAUAUUUGUCUUGGAUCUGAGCACCUCAAUCCGCGCCUUCCUGAUCUUUUGUGUAUUCGGUGUGAAGCCGCUCCGGCAUUAGUAAUAAUUGGGUGGGAAGCUAGCAACUUGGAAGGAAGAUAAAUUAAAAGCUAAGCAUGUACGGCAGGGAUCCAUGGGGUGGGCCCCUUGAGAUAAACGCCGCGGACUCGGCCACAGACGACGACCGGAGCCGUAAUCUGCAGGACUUGGACAGGGCGGCCCUGUCUCGGCCUCUCGACGAAACCCAGCAGAGCUGGCUGCUGGGCCCUGGCGAGCAGAAGAAGAAGAAGUACGUGGAUCUGGGCUGCAUCAUCGUCAGCCGCAAGAUCUUCGUCUGGACUGUCGGCACGCUGCUUGUCUCUGCCUUCCUGGCUGGCUUCAUCACCCUAAUCGUCAAGACCGUACCACGCCACCGCCAUUCACAUCCUCCCCCUGACAACUACACCCUCGCCCUCCACAAGGCUCUCAUGUUCUUCAACGCCCAAAGAUCUGGGAAACUGCCAAAGCAUAAUAACGUCUCGUGGAGAGGGAGCUCCUGUCUGGAUGAUGGCAAGUCCAACACCGCCACUUUUUACAAAGAUCUGGUGGGUGGCUAUUAUGAUGCUGGAGAUGCUAUCAAGUUCAACUUCCCGGCCUCGUUUGCCAUGACCAUGUUGAGCUGGAGUGUAAUUGAAUACAGUGCCAAAUAUGAAGCUGCUGGGGAGCUCAACCAUGUUAAAGAGAUAAUAAAAUGGGGGACUGAUUACCUUCUCAAAACUUUCAACCAUUCCGCUGAUACCAUAGACAGGAUCGCUGCGCAGGUACAUCUACAUACUUGGUCAUUCAUUUAACCAUAUAGCUGAUAG